CAUCACAAACAUGUUCUUUAAGGUAUCUGUGUUAGUGGCGCUCGCAGUGGCCGUCUCAGCCCGACCCGAGACUCCUUCCUACUCUCCUCCCAGCCCAUCCUACAACGCUCCCGCCCAUCCUUCUCCUUCUUAUAGUGCUCCCACCUACAACGAUGUUCCAGCCCAGUACAACACCCAGUAUGCCGUGAGCGACGAAUACUCAGGUAACAACUUUGGGCAUCAAGAGGACCGCGACGGCUACAAGACCCAGGGAACGUACUACGUGCAGCUCCCCGACGGCCGUCUGCAGAAGGUCACCUACUACGUCGACGGCGAGUCCGGCUUCGUGGCAGAGGUCACCUACGAAGGGGAAGCUCAGUACCCAGCUUACGAACCAUCUACCUCGUACCAACCCGCCCCAGCUUACUAACCUCCUUCUCCUUCAUACGCCUAAAGUAUUUCUUUCUUAUUUAUUGUUCGAAAUGCUUCAUCUGCGACUUAAACUCAAUUCAUAUGAUGUUUCCUUAAUUUAUAAUAAAUAUUGUACCUGCUGCAUAAA